GCUCGUUGUGGGACCGGCCUGGGGCUGGAGGGGUCUGGCUUGGGACUGCGGUAUCGUUCGUGGGCGGGGCAGACGCCGGGAAGUGGCCCUCAACCGUCUUGUCGCCUCGUGUCCUCCGCCUUCUUGGUGCUUUGCCUUGCUGCCUCUCCUCACACUAGCAGCCUGUGGGCCAGGCGGGGCUCACAGGAGGGGUACCCUCGGGCCGGGGGUCUGGGUGUUCUAGUGCUGAAGGUACCAGAGGACUGGAGCUGGCUUCGCUGGACUAAAUUUUAGAAAACGAGAGAAGCGUGCAAAAGAGGCCCAUCACUUAGCGCCCAAGGAUAUGCUCAUCAGAGAGAUACAGUGAAAGAGGAAACACAAGCAGGGGAAGUGGGAGAGGGAGAAGCAGGCUUCCCACAGAACAGGGAGCCCGACAUGGGGCUUGAUGACCUGAGCUGAAAGCAGACGCUUAAUGACCCAAACACAUACAUUUUGAAGAGCAGAAUAAAUGACUUAAUUACCUGGGUCUCUGCAGCAGUGAAUAAUUGGGACAGAAGACAAACACAUGGACUGGAAGUUGGAAGGGAGUGCUCAGAAAACAGACUCACACGUGCUGCAGGAGCAAGAAGUCAUCCUAGAGGACACAGGCGAAGAUAGCAUCUCUGAAAGCUUCCGGCUUCUACAGAUCGAUGUGGAAUGCGAGCAUCGGGAGGGAGAUAUGCUGCCCACAGGCGGUACAGUGUGGUGUUCAAAAAAUGUCCAAAGAAAACAGAGACACUGGGAAAAGAUAGUUGCAGCAAAGAAGAGCAAAAGAAAGCAAGAAAAAGAAAGAAGAAAGGCCAAUCGUAUAGAAAAUUCAGGCAUCUGCCCCCAACACAGCAAACGUUUUCUGAGAUCCUUAACCAAGGAGAGACUUUUGGAAGCCAAACACUCAGGACCAAGACUCUGUAUUGAUCUGAGUAUGACCCACCACAUGUCUAAGAAGGAAUUAAGUAGACUGGCUGGACAGAUCCGAAGGUUGUAUGGUUCAAAUAAAAAAGCUAGCAGGCCAUUCUGGAUCUACCUCACUGGAUUCACAGCUGACAGUCCCCUGUACGAAGAGUGUUUGAGGAUGAAUGAUGGAUUUUCUAGUUACCUGCUAGACAUAACAGAGGAAGACUGCUUUAGUUUAUUUUCUCUGGAUACCCUUGUGUACCUGACUCCUGACUCAGAACAUGCUCUUGAAGAUAUUGAUCUAAACAAAGUUUACAUCCUUGGUGGACUUGUGGACGAAAGCAUUCAGAAGAAGGUGACAUUUCAGAAAGCCCGAGAACAUUCUGUCAAGACAGCCCGCUUGCCAAUCCAGGAAUACAUGGUCAGACACCAGAAUGGGAAAAACUAUCAUUCAGAGAUACUGACCAUCAAUCAAGUGUUUGAUAUCCUGUCCACAUACUUUGAGACGCAAAACUGGCCUGAAGCACUGAAGAAAGGAGUUUCUUCCAGAAAAGGCUAUGUUCUUCAGAACUCCAUGGAUGAUGGACAGCCUGAGAAGCUGCCAGAGGCAAAGUUGCUGGAGGUGUCUUGACUUAAAAGCAGAGCAGAGGCUGGCGAUGGCACACACUUGCCUUUACUUGUCAUCUUGGAUCGCCACUAGAAUUUAAGUUACUCAAGAACAGGGACUACAUUUUAUGCUCUUUUCUAUCUCCCAUAGUGCCUAGCUCACAGGAAGAGCCCAGAUAUGUUGAACAGUGAAUUCAACAUAAGUAAAAAGUUUACAUAACAAGGAAUCAGCCCUCAGCUACAUGGCUUUGGAUGUAUUAAUUCAUCUUUUAUAUACCUAUUUGUGAAAUACCUACUCUUUAGAAGUAUUUAACAAUUAAAUAAUUAUUGUUAUAUUUAGAGUUUUUAUUUUCAUUCAACUGGCAUCAUAAUGUAGCACUUCGUCCGGCCUCCUCUUAUCAUGUGGAUUUUCCCCAACUCAGUAGUACACUCUGUGUGUUUCGAGGAUCAGCCUGUCCUAACCUACUCUGCUUUAAACCCCCAUAACACUUUGUUCCCACUUGUGACUCCUACCCCGUCUCUUCUGCUCUGAGUAUGGAAGUGGAGGGUUUCUCUCUUCCUUAGGGUAGCCUCCUAACAGGACAUUUCAUGGGAGUAUCUUCGUAUCCUUCUGAUCCUUGUACAAAUUAGAUUCUUCAUAUAUAUUUGUAACUAACAGGUCAAAUUGAAAAGUAAAAACACAGUGGUAAGUCUAACUUAAAAAUAACCAGAAAAUACAUUGCCUCUGAUACAAGCAUGGUGGAUAAACUUUCAUUACACAAAUCUCAGUGA